GCCGCGUCAGCGGAGAUCGGCGCCCGCCUGGCAGCCAGUAAUUCGAAAACUUUCCACUAGAGUGCUAUGUUUUGAGUUGUUCAAUCUGUAUCGUGUGCGUUAAGCGUUUGGUUCACCGAUCAUCGUCGAGUUGUAGCCGUAUGUGCUGUCGCCGUCACUCUAUUGCCGUCCCUCAUUUCCGUCGUCGGUCUCGCACACGUUGACACGUCCCUUGUAUUGCCAUGGACGUCGGCUUGUUACUUCAGCACUCACAAUAUGCAUUACCUGUGGGUAUCGUGCUUAUAUGUGCAAUUCUCGUCUUUGCCUUUGGUUUCAAGAAGGCCGAACAACCACCUUUUGCACAGCUUUCUGUAGGCUCCGACGUGGACCGGAAAUUUGCAAACAAAAAACGCAGUAAAAUCAAAGAAAAGGUUAGCACGACACAAAAGUCUGCUAAUGGCCAAAUUGCAACUGAAAAAGCAAGUCCUACUAAAAAAAGUGUAUCAACAAAAAUAGAUGCUUCGAAAAAAGCUGCAUCUAAGACAGACGAUAUCGAAGGAAAGUUGAAGGAACGAAAACAAGAAGAAAAUAAAAUUUCUGUAACAAAGAAAGAUAAAGAUCAGGUUAUAUUGAAAGAUGGAAAAGAAAACAAAAUUGAACAAGUAAAGAACAAGAAAACUUGGAGGGAUUUAUUCCAAGAAAAACCAGUUGAUUUUGAUGAAGGAGAUUGGGAACAAGCAUAUUCCAGAAAAGAUAAAAAAAAUAAGAAAAAAGAGGAAGAAUCUCCAUCAAAAAAGAACAAAAAAAGUACUAAGAAGGUUGAUUUAAUCAAUGAAGAAGUAACUAAAUCAAAAGUGUCAGAAAAAGUAGAAAUUAAAGAUAAAAUUGCUAAGGAAACAGAAAAUAAAGAAUUGAAAGAAAAAGAUAAAAAAGAUGUGAUACUUACGCCUAUUUCCAAUGAGUUAAUAAACAAGGAAAAAGAACAUCAAAAGGAAGAACAAACUAAGAAUGAAAAAGUAGAAAAAGACGAGAAAAAAAGUGGAAAAUCAAAAAAGAGCAAGAAGGUUUCUGAAAGUGAAAACACCCUUAUAGCAACUCCACCUAUACCCAAAGUAGAUAAUACAAUUCAAGAACAAAAAACAAAAAAUAAGGAUGACAAUACAGAAAAAGAUUCAGAUAAUAUUGAAGAAAAAAGCUCUAAAGUUAUUCAAGAAAAAAGUGGCUCAGUGUUUGAUGAGCUAGGAGAUACCUGGACAGAAGCCAAACCUCAAAAAAAAAGUAAAAAGAAAGCACGUAAAGAUAACUGAGGGUAAUUAAGUGUAAUGAAAAUUGUUCCUUGUGAAGAGGAAUGGAGUUAAGAGUUUUGCUUGGUCCAAACGACACGUGUCAUUUCGGACUUAUCAGGUGUGUUUUAAGUAAUUUACCAAUUAACCACCUGACCAAAUUGUUCCUUUCCCUUGUACAUAAUGCCAAUUGGACUAGGUUGUUCGAUCAGUUAUAUUUUAUAGACUUCAUGACUGCAGGUGCAUAAAUUUCUGUGUGGAGAAAAGAUCAUUAUAAACUAUUGAUUUUUUCAACAUACUAAAUAUCUGCUUUAACAAAGUUGCUUUGCAUUUAGUGAA